GGAUAUAUCGGUGGUGACAAAACAAAUCUGCGAUACGUCGUUCAUUUCACUGAGCCGCCGGUGAUGAACAGUGAAGAAUAUCAGGCCUGGAUGGCUUCAUUUGGCCAAGAAUCUGAGCAUAUCAUCGUCAAUGGCACCGGCCCAUGCUUGCCACAUAUGGAAGCUGUUUACAGGAUAAAUGACGAUGAUUGCGAAAAGGACGGCAAUAAGCUCUAUGCAAGACCGUUUCAGCGGUUUUUUCUCCGAAAACCGUCCGUUUUGGAAGCAACUCCGCCAAAUGUUUCAUUGGUUCGCACUGAUCUGAUGCUACAGCUCAAAGAAAAUGAAGUGACUGCG